GAGGGAGAGAGAGAGGGAGAGAGGGAGGCCAACAUGAGCCACAGAGACCGAUGAAGAAGAAGAAGAACAAGAGAGCAGCUGUAAGAAACCUUCAGAACCAGUACCAAGAUCAGAACCAGGACCAGGAGCAGCACAAUCCACCAUGUCAGAGUCCAUCAGAAGAAAAAACUCCAGCAAACAGCUCCUGCAGAACCUCAUCAGGGUGACGGCCCAACGGAGUCAAGAGGAUGCUGAGGAGGUGGAGCGGGAGCGAAGGAGAAGAAGCAGGGAGAAGGAGAGAGGAGAGGGGAGUCCUUCCUGGCCAGAGCCACCCCAACACAACGACCUUGCACAUGAUACAGAGUUGGACGAGGAACUGAAGCCCACCUGCUGCUUGGUUCUGGAGGAGGACGAGGGCUUCAGUGACUGGAGUAACAGGUUGGAGAAUCGUAAUGAUCAGGAGGUGCCGGAUGACUGCAGGGCCAGGGUGCAGAGACCUUCAACAGCACAGUGGAAACCAGAGCCCAAAGAGGAGAAACAGCAGAAGGACGAUGAUGAGGAGGAGGUGGAGGAGGAGGCGUGUGAAACAGAACAAAGUGGCCGGUCGCAGAGAGUUUCAACAAGACCUCCAGAGAAGAUGUCCAACAACAGAAAGGAAGUCAGGACGUCCUACAGCUCAACGGUCUUCCUUCCACAGGAAACCAGGCUGCACCACGGUCAACCAGCAGACAGAACGUCCUACCUGGUUGCUGGGACGAUGAAGCCACGUGGUGGAGCCUGCAGGGUGGAUGGGGAAGUUCAGCAGAAGGAGCAGAAGGAAGAGGAGGAGGUGCAGGCUGCUCGGCAGACAGAGUGGAGGUCAGCAGAAAUUGAGCAGAGCCCCACAGAUGAAGAUGAUCAGGAGGAAGAAGAACUGAGGUUCACACAUGAAGAGAAGGAAGACGUCCAUCUCAGUAGGGAGGAGAGAUACAGGGAGGAGAAGGAAGAAGAGGAAGAACACAAGGUGACAGAAAAGAGGUCAACAGAAGAAGGCCAGAGGAGUGAGGAGGUGAACAGGAGAUCUGCAACCUCUCGUUGCAGCAGCAGUGAAGGCGACGAGUCGUUACACUGCUACGGCCCCAUGAGCCCAACUUUCAAGAAACUCCUCAUUCAGUUUUACCCAGAUGAAGUGAACAGCAGAGUCUCCACAGACGGUAAAUGCACGAUCAUAGAAAGAACUGAGUCUCUGAAGAAAAGCACCAACAGUAUAAAGAAGACUCUGCCACCGAUCGCUGUUUCCAAGAUUGACAAGAAACUGGAGCAGUACACUCAUGCUCUGGAGGUCUCCUCAAAGGAAGGCAGAUCAAGUAACCAGGUGCUGACGGACCUGAUGAAUCCCACUGAACCUGUAUCCUCCAAGAAGAACCUGUUUGAGGCCGGAGAAGCCUGGAACCAAAACAUCGUCUCAAUGACACCAUCUAAGGAUGCAGAUGCUUUAAAAGUCGGCGUGGCUGAUCUCAUCAAUCAGUGGGUGAGAGGAAGUGAAGAUGGGAGCAGGUGCAGCUCGCCCUGCAAACCAGCAGAGAGCUCCAGCGGUAAAAGAUAUAAGUUUGUGGUGACUGGUCACGGCAAAUAUGAGAAGGUUUCUGCUGACAGCGACUGCAGUGAAGAUGCAAACUGCCAGCCAGCUGGACAGUACUAUGAAGAUUUGUGAGACAUAUGCUGGACUUUUGGAUCAUUAAAAAAAAAAACUUUGAUACUGCACAAAUUAUAGCCACUAUCGCUUCAACAUUAUCUGUAUUUCAAGCUUUAGGUUGGGAGUGUAUUUAAAUCCUGUUGUAAUAACACAUUUCCUGUGAAACUUUGGUUUGAUUUUCUGAAAUCUCGAAAUAUUUCAAUGGUAGUAAAUCUUUUAAUACAAUGAAAUAACGUCAAUUAAACAGAUUUCUGAUGUUUGUUUGCUCAAUAAAAGUUACUGUCUUAGCUUACUUUGUCAUUUACGGCACUUUACUGCACUGUUGAGCUCAUCGUCUUCUGCUGUGUUCCCAGUAUAGUUUAAAGUAUAGUAUUCAGCUGCUGUGCAGAUAUAACCCAUGCUAAUGGCUCUGAGACAAGUCCACAGCUGGCUUUAGAAAACUAUGAGAUCUCAUGACAACGGACUCAUUAGCAAGUUUCAGAACUCUUAAUUGAGUUCUGAAGAUGCUGCAUGGCUACAAGAAACGUCACUAAUGGAAAUAGAAAGGCAUGUAAAGCUGUCGCUUAUGGCGAGGCUACUUUGAAAUGAUGACAAACUACUUUUGAAAAUAGUCUCUCAAGGAGACAGUCCGAUUUAAAAACGACCUCUGCAGGAAAUAAAAGUAAACCCAAAGGAAGAUGAUUGACAUAUACAGGAGGGUGACCAGGUCCAUGCAGGGGGGGGGUUGCAUUUAGCUAAGGUUCACAACCGAAGAAACUUCAAACGUGAGCAUCAGUGAAUUGGGUCAUAAUUUCUCAGUCAUUGACUUUACAAGCAAACAAUAUGAAGAAGGGUCAAAGGUCAGAAGUGUGAUGAACUGUCAAUAAAUGUGACAUACAUUCCUCUGGGAGGCAAAGAUGUUUUAAAAAGGCAACGGCAGAAACUGAAGCUGCAGAGGGGGUUCAAUUUCAACCCACAUAUUAUGCAAAAGCUUACACAAUAUCUCAAAGAUAAUUAAUAUUCAAAUUUGACUGACGUUUCAUGACAGUUGCUUUUCUUUACUGUAUAAUAAACUUUUACUCGGUUAUCU